AUGGCUCAGCCCAAUCUGAAACAACCCAAGAAUCACCACGCCCGUUCUCUGUCCCAGCCCGUUUUCUUCGCGAACCACUGCUUGCCCCCUUUGAGCCCUUUCCCGCCGACCGAAUCCUCCAUCGUCUCGUCUAACUUCUCCAACUCGAGAGAUGUGCCGAUAGAUGACAUGGACGUCAGCUCACGGGGCCCGCCAGCUGUCCCUCGCUAUUUUAUCUUCAGCUCGCCCGACGGCCUUCCCCCUCUCAGGGGGAACCGCCGGUCGAGCAGCGACUGCAGCUCCCUGGAACUUUCUGGAAAUAAUAGCAAGCCGGUCGAGCUGAGGAUGAAGGAAAUGGGCCACAUGAAGUCGGAGGGGGAGGUUGUGGACGAGCUGGUCAACUCGCUGAUGAAUUUGGAUCACGCGGACAAUCCCGGUCUAGGGGAUAAGGCAGGCAGUGAUAUGAUUGGAACUCGGCACCACCGGAGUCUCUCGAUGGAUAGCGGCGUGGGGAGAUUCUGUUCGGCAGAGGAAUUGGGGAAUUUUCAGGCGCCCGAUUGUGGUCGGGCGGGUCAGAUCUCGCCAGGCGGUUCGUUGGGUGGGAAGUUGAGUCGGGUCGGGUUGGAGUUUGGGCGUGGGGAGUUUAGUGAGGCCGAGCUGAAGAAGAUUAUGGCAGACGAGAGGCUAGUGGAGAUUGCAGUUUCGGACCCAAAACGUGUAAAGAGGAUAUUGGCAAAUAGGCAGUCAGCUGCUAGGUCCAAAGAACGGAAGGUGAGGUACAUCUCAGAAUUGGAACAUAAGGUGCAGACGCUGCAAACUGAGGCUACCACACUAUCUGCCCAAGUCACUAUUCUACAGAAAGAAUAUGCUGAGUUAACCAAUCAGAAUAAUGAGUUGAAAUUCCGGGUUCAAGCUAUGGAGCAACAAGCAUGGUAA